UGUUCAUUUGAGACUCGUACUAAUAGAAAUACUCUGUGUUUCAGGAUUAACGGGCGACAGCUGAGCGAAGUCUUCAUCCAGCUGCCGUCUCGCAAAGAGCUGCCCGAAUACUACGAGCUCAUCCGCAAACCUGUGGACUUCAGGAAGAUCAAGGAGAGGAUCCGCAGCCAUAAGUACCGCGGCCUGAACGACCUGGAGAAGGACGUGAUGCUGCUCUGUCAAAACGCCCAGACCUUCAACCUGGAAGGCUCUCUGAUCUACGAGGACUCCAUCGUGCUGCAGUCCGUCUUCACCAGCGUCCGACAGAAGAUCGAGAAAGAGCUGGAGAGCGAAGGAGAGGACAGCGAGGAAGAGGAGGACGACCUCGACGACGGCUCAGAGUCUGAAGCUGAGGCUCGUUCUGUGAAGGUGAAGAUUAAGCUGAGCCGGAAAGAGAAGGGUGACCGGGGGGGAAAGAGUCAGAGACGGAGGGGCCGCGGAGCCCGAGCAAAACCUGUGGUGAGCGACGACGACAGCGAGGAGGAGCAGGAAGAGGUGAGGAGACGAUGGAUCACUAUAAAUAACAUCAGUGGAAGAAACAGCUUGU